AUGCAGCUCACCAUGGAAGAGAUGUAUUUCAGGUCGGUACUCGAUCAAGUCAAACAGGAAGUAAAUAAUUCUCUCAAAAGCCUGCCAACCUUCAGGGACUCAGUACUUCGUUUAUCCAUUCAGUUACCUGAAAGCCUCGUAUCGGAAGAGAAACUUGGAUACGAGCUACAGGAGGAUAUGAAUGUCUUGAAUGAUUUUAAGAACAAGCUCGCUAUACGGGUGAGACGUCAAGCAAUAUCAAUUAGUAUAGGAGAAUUGGAGGCGAUAGAGUUAGCAGCCCGCAACUUGAGAGAGAAAUGGGAGGAGAAGGAGAGAAUGUUAAAAGCAGAAGAGGUAUUGCUUGAGGAGGCAUUACAAGAGGCAGAGAAGUCAUUCCUCGAGGCUGAAGAGGCAUUAAAAAAGGCUCAAAAAGCGUGGAAUGAUGCGGAGGCGGCAUGGCACGCCGCGGCAUUCGACUUAACAGACUCGAGAAUUCUUGAGUCGGAUGAGGAAAGUCUAUCACUUCAGCAAGAAACAGAAGAAACAGAAGCCGAAAGCCAGCCGGCUAAGUUGAUUAAAUGA